ACAUCGGGUAAAUAUUGAUCCUUCUCAUUAAGCCAUUGUAUUUGUUUCUCUUUUCUUAAUCCAAGAGUGGCAGGCAAAAGAGGCUGCUUAGCUACUUGGUGGCUUGGAUUUGGAUUCAUUUACUUUGAGUCAAAUACGAACGUAGUGUAUUUGAAACUAUUUUAUCUUUAGGAAAAAUAAAAUCCUUUUGUUACUAGGUUUUCAUUUCUGUUUCAGUUUUCUGAUAAAUACUCUUAAUUAUGUUUCCCUUUAUCCUCAUCAAUCAUUGCAGCUACAACUACAUUUUAGUCCACUGGCUCUCAAAUAUCAUGUGAUAUUUAUCUGUAUCUUCCUUUUAAAAACACACUUAUUUAUGGUCUAAUACUUGUUUUCUUCCCCUCUAGGAGGACCCAUUAUAGAUUCUAAAAAUAUUUUCCCAUUCUCUGCGGGAAAAAGUUAUGUAAAAGUUUUGUUUCUGUCUGGAUUUAUUUGGUAAAAAAUCAGCACCAUAAACCCAUAUCAGAUUUAAAAAAAAGAAAAAAACUAGGGUAGUUAAAACAUGAGUUGUGGAAAUGAGUUUGUGGAAACAUUAAAAAAAAUUGAUUAUCCCAAAGCUGAUACUCUUAAUGGAGAAGAUUUUGACUGGCUGUUUGAGACUGUUGAAAAUGAAUCAUUUUUGAAAUGGUUUUGUGGGAAUGUGAGUGAACAGAAUGUAUUGUCAGAAAAAGAGCUGGAAGCUUUUAGCAUUCUUCAGAAAUCAGGCAAGCCCAUCCUAGAAGGGGUGGCAUUGGAUGAAGUUCUUAAAACCUGUGCAACUUCUGAUUUGAAGACACCUAGACUGGAUGAUAAAGAGCUGGAGAAAUUAGAGGAUGAGGUUCAAAUGCUGCAGAAAUUAAAGAACCUAAAAAUUCAGCGACGUAAUAAAUGCCAACUGAUGACUUCAUCAUCUAGCCACAAAUCUCUGAGGUUAAGUGCUGAGCAUGAAGAAGCCACUAAAAACCUGAAGCAGAGUCAAGGAAUUCUGACUGCUAUGAAUACCAAGCUCAGUAAUGAACUUCAGGCUCUUACUGACAGAGUUACUAAAUUGAUGAUGUUCUUUAGACAUUCUGAUUUAAGUCAAGAGGCGAAUCCCAUGGUGUUUUUAUCUCAGCUUUCCCUGGAAAAGUAUCUAAGCCAAGAAGAGCAAAGUACAGCAGCAUUAACCUUGUAUACCAAGAAGCAGUUCUUUCAGGGGAUACAUGAAAUAGUUGAAAGCUCAAAUGAAGAAAAUUUUCAACUUUUAGAUAUACGAACAUCAUCUUUAUGUGAUAAUCAAGAAAUCCUUGAGGAGAGACGGCUAGAGAUGGCUAGACUGCAGCUAGCAUACAUCUGUGCUCAACAUCAGUUAAUUCACUUGAAAGCAAGUAAUCUGAGCAUGAAGUCAAGUAUAAAAUGGGCAGAGGAGAAUCUUCAUAGCCUAACCAGCAAGGCUAUUGGUAAAGAGAAUUUGGAUGCAAAAAUUUCUGACUUGAACAGUGAGAUUCUGAAACUUGAAGAACAAAUCACUCAUAUAAAAGACAAAAGUUUGCUUGCUGUGGUAAAAGAGAAUGCACAGUUAUUGAACAUGCCAGUUGUAAAGGGAGAUUUUGACCUGCAGAUUGCUAAACAAGAUCAUUACACAGAAAGACAAGAGUUAGUUUUAAAUCAGUUAAUAAAGCAAAAGGCAUCGUUUGAGCUUGUACAGUUAUCAUAUGAAAUUGAAUUGAGGAAGCAUUGCGACACAUAUCGUCAAUUUGAAAAAUUGGUUCAAGAACUUAGUCAAAAUAACAUGAUGCUCUUCCAGCAAUUAGCAAUGUUAAAAGACCCAUCAGUGUCUCAGCAGAUAAAUCCAAGGAAUACCAUUGAUUCCAAGGACUAUUCUUCUCAAAGGCUUUAUCAACUUUUAGAGGGAGAGAAUAAGAGAAAAGAGUUGUUUAUGACUCAUGGAAACCUGGAGGAAAUGGCUGAGAAAUUGAAACAGGAUGUUUCUUUAGUACAGGAUCAGUUGACAGUAUCUGCUCAACAACAUUUUUUAUUUUUGUCUAAACUGAAUAAUGAUGUGGAUGUUCUUUGUGAUGCUUUGUAUCAAGGAAGAAAUCAGCUUUUGCUUAGUGAUCAGGAUUUAACAGAGCAGUUUCAUCAAGUUGAAUCCCAGCUGAAUAAGCUAAAUCAUCUCCUUGCUGAUACUCUUGCUGAUGUGAAGACAAAAAGAAAAAUUUUGACCACUAAUAAGUUACAUCAGAUGGAAAGAGAAUUAUAUGUACAUUUUUUUAAGAAUGGGAACGAUCUGAAAGAUAUUGUGGAAAACCUAGAAAAUCAAUCAAAAAUUAAGGCUGAUGGUCUUAAAGACUGAAAAAAAACAAAAAUCAAAUCUUUAUUAAACAUGCUAUAUUUUAAUGUUUUAUGUAUUAGCAAAAUGUUUCUUAAUAAACAGUACUAUGUUUUAAAAUUUGAGGUCAAUGGAACAUUUCAUUUAAUAGAUUCAAAUACUGUAUUACAGAGGUUGAAUAUUCCUAAUCUGAAAAUCCAAAAUGCUCCACAAUCUGAAACUUUUUAAGUGUUGGCAUGACAUAAAUGGAAAAUUCCACACCUGACCUCAUGAUGGGUCAUAGUCACAAUGCAGGUGUGCUAAAGAUAUUAUGUAAAUUAUCUUCAGGUUGUGUGUAUAAGAUUGUAUUAAACAUAAAUGAAUUUUGUGUUUAAACUUGGGUCCCAUCCCCCAGAGAGGUGAUUAUGUAUUAUGUAACUAUUCCAAACCUGAAAUCCAAAAGCACUUUUGAUUCCAAGCAUUUCAGAUAAGGAAUAUUCACCUAUAUCAGUACAGUUUUUUCCUCACACAACAUUGGUUCAGAGUACCAGUGCUUUUUAUGACUCGAUUAUUUGCUUGGUGACGCUUAGUCAACCAAGUACAUUUCUGCUUGUAGAGAAAAACCAUUAUUAUGUAAUGCAAUAUUUCUAAUAGUUAUGUUUCUCCUUUACUGUUUUUUAAAAGUGUUCUGCUGUUACUUUUAAAAUUUGUAGAACUUUGGGUUAGCAUUCUUAAAUCUAUAGACCUUAAUACAAUAGUAACCCCUUAUCCUUGUUUUGGUUUGUGAAGAUUUGCUUACCUGAUGUCAUCUGUGAUUAGAAGGUAUUAAAUGGAACAGUCCAGAAA